AAGGUGUGUGAUGAACAUGUGUUGUUGAAUCGAGCAUUACUUCGAAACACGCUCAGGUCGUCUGGGCUAAGCGUCGGCCAGACAAUAUAUCACCACUAGAGCCAUGAAUGGAAUACGACUGUCCGUCGACCCUAAUGACGUACUGGUGGACGAAAAGGUGUCUGUUCGGGCGUCUGGGCUGGAGGCAAGACAGCAGGUGACCGUGUAUACCUCCGUCAAGGGCGACAAGGGAGUAACGUUUGCCAGCUCUGGGUGUUACCAGGCAACAGAAGACGGAGAGUUGGACCUAGAGAGCAUGCCGUCCUCAGCAGGUACCUACACAGGUGUGGAUGGCAUGGGUUUUAUCUGGAGCUUGCUUCCAUCGCCUGGUCAACGUCCAGGAACACAGCUGUUACAGAAUGACGUCACAAAGCCGCAGACAGUAGAUAUUUCUGUUUACAGUGGUCACCGCUGUCUGGAAGACCUUUGCAGUGGCCUUUUGGAUGCACCAUUGGUGACAAAUGUGUUGACCCGUUGGUAUAAACCCAAUGGUGUUAGCAGAACACCCAUUACCUCAGGGCGACUGCGAGGGACACUUUUUCUACCAAGAGGUUCUGGGCCGUUUCCAGGAGUUAUAGAUAUCGCUGGUCUGGAGUUGGGUGUGUUGGAGAAUCGUGCUGCCCUACUUGCGUCCCAUGGUUAUGCUGUACUGGCGCUCCCCUAUUACGGCUAUGAAGAUCUUCCUAAACACACAAAUAAACUUGAUUUGCAAUAUUUCAAGGAUGCUGCAGCAUUCCUGGACACUCACACUCAUGUCAAGCCUGGUGGUCUGGGAAUAUUGGCAAACUCAAAAGGGGCAGAAUUUGCGCAAUUAACGGCUAUCCAUUGUCCACAGAUAAAAUGUAUGGUCAGAGUGAACGGCAUGCCUUACAUAACAUUCUUUCCUAUCAGAGACGGAGAUGUGUUAUACCCACCUGCUGUGAAUUUGGAUCUCUCGUCCUGUGAACUUACUCAUGAAGGUGUUGUCGGCAGAAAUGGCCACUGCUUUGACACUGAAAAAUUCACCAAAGUUUGGGAAUCCGACGUCAAAAUCCUGAGUAUUUGUGGUGGUGAUGACCUGAAUCUUCCUCCCGAUCUCCACCAGCUGCAGGUGAACUGUUUUCCCGUCAACAAACGUGAUGAUAUUGAACUGGUCAAAUACAAGGGUGCCGGUCAUUUGAUAGAGCCCCCUUUCUCCCCACACUGCCGGGCCUCUUACAACAAACUUGCACAAAACAAUCUGGUGUGGGGAGGAAAUCCGAAGGAUCAUGCGGCUGCGCAAGAAGAUUCGUGGAGACGUAUUCUGCAGUUCUUCAGCAAACAUUUCCAUGGAAAACCAAUGCUUUAAUUAUUGUUUGUGUAAAGAUGAUCGCAAUUAGAUAUCGCAGAUCAUACAUGUCGAAGAUGAGUAGAUGGAUUUCCUCUUAUUGCAGAGUGACGUUUUUGUCUCAAUGAACAUCACACGAGCAUUGUGAUGUACCCAGACUGAAAGUACAGUAACUUCAGCAGGUUCAUGUUCAGAUGCCAUGUUAUAGCGGGCUUAAUGGUGAAUAUGUUUGUUACCGAUUUGCGUUCAUUUAAGCAAUGAAUGUGUUAGCAAACGUUGUUAUGGUCCUAUAACACACAUUGCUAAUGUGGACAAACUUGAUACAGCCCGAAUAGUUCUUUGAACAGCAAAUUUGGCGUUGACAACAAUUAAAGUGAUAGUGUCACAAAAUGUCAAAAGAGACUGAUGCGGUUACACAAGCACAUGUACAUCCUGUUAUAGUUUCACAGCACCAUUCGCCUUAUCAUUGCAAUGGAAGGAUGCAAAACAUCGAAAAAAUACCGUUCAACCCCUGUCCGUAAAUAUGACGCUGAUCAAAUACCGUUCAUAGCUCUCUGACCGCAAUCCCUUCCAAUAAUGCUUAUAGAAGACCUUUAGGUGGGAAGGUAGAUAUACCUCUUUGUGUUUGGGUUAAACAACAUUAAUUUAGAAGAAUCUUGAGAUAGUGAGCGAUAAACAUGCAAACUGUCCACACAAGUUUUUAAGAUACAAUCAUCGAAUAAACGAUGGUUUUACUUGUUAUCUUUAAGUAACAUUAAACUUAAGGCUACAAAUACUCUCUCAAGUAAAGUGAGCAAAAUGAUGAGUAAGUUAUUUGCGAUAUGACAAUUAUUUCAUUUACAUGAUUUUUGUUCAAAACAGUUGUACUGUUAUAUUGCCGUCAGAUGAAUAUAAGUUGUAUUGGUUUGCAUUAUAAUACAAACCAGUGUUGUCCCAACCAAGAGUAUAACUCGGUAACAAUACGGUUGACGCUGCCGUUAGUGCGACAGUUUUUAGCUCACCUGGCACGAAGUGCCAAGUGAGCUUAUGCCGUGGCGCGGCGUCCGUCGUCCG